CCCAGCAUCUGUUUUUCCCGACGUCACGUAUAAAUGUCCCAUUGAGUCGCUGAGCGAGUUCAUGUAGUGACUCCGCUGCUGUUUUCAACGUUAACUUCUGCAAAAGAAAAGGACUCACACAUAAGAAGAGGACAUGUUUAAGUCAGUCUUCGCCGUCCUGCUCGGCCUGAGUCUCGGGCUGGUGAACGCACUCCCUACCCAGGAACCAGACAAAGGGAAAAACUGGGUAGUCAUCGUUGCUGGCUCCAGUGGCUGGUACAACUACAGGCACCAGGCCGAUGCCUGCCAUGCUUAUCAAAUCGUCCACAAGAAUGGCAUCCCAGAUGAGCAGAUUGUGGUGAUGAUGUACGAUGACUUGGCACAGAAUGAGGACAACCCCACUCCUGGGAUACUGAUCAACAGGCCAAACGGCACUGAUGUUUACAAGGGAGUUCCUAAAGACUACACUGGCAAUGAUGUGACCCCAGAAAACUUUCUGGCUGUGCUGAAGGGCGACGCCUCAAAAGUCAAAGGGGGUUCGGGAAAAGUGUUGAAGAGCGGCCCCAACGAUCACGUGUUUGUGUACUUCACAGACCACGGGGCGCCUGGUAUUCUGGCCUUUCCCAAUGAUGAUCUCAGCGUAGACGACUUCCAAGCAGCCAUUAAAUACAUGCACGACAAUAAGAAAUACAAAAAGAUGGUGUUUUACAUCGAGGCAUGUGAGUCCGGGUCAAUGAUGAACCACCUGCCUACUGAUAUCGAUGUGUACGCCACCACAGCAGCCAACCCUCAUGAGUCCUCUUACGCCUGCUACUAUGACGAGAAGAGGGACACGUACCUGGGAGACUGGUACAGUGUGAACUGGAUGGAGGACUCUGAUGUGGAGGACCUGAACAAAGAAACUUUGGUGAAGCAGUUCAAGAUCGUGAAGAGUCACACAAACACCAGCCAUGUCCAGCAGUACGGAAACAAGACUAUGGCACACAUGAAGGUUAUGGCAUUCCAGGGUAACUCCAAGGCAAACAGCCCCUCUGCUCCCCCAAUGACCCUGCAGCCAAUCACAAACCCAGAUCUGACCCCGAGUCCCGAUGUUCCUCUGGCCAUCCUCAAGAGGAAGUUGAUGGCCUCCAAUGAUAUCAGAGUUGCAAGGGGGAUGCUGAUGGAGAUCAGCACCCACCUCAAGGUCAGGGAGACGAUGGCUGAUACCAUGCGUGAAGUGGUGGAGAGGGUGACCGGCAGUAAGCUCGAGACCGAGCAGAUUCUCGACCAGAGAGCCGAUCUCUCCCAGCACGCUUGCUACAAGGCUGCAUUCAACCACUUCAAACACAACUGCUUCAACUGGCACAAAACUGAGUAUGAAUACGCUCUGAGACAUCUGUACGCUCUGGUGAACCUGUGUGAGAGAGGAUACUCUGCCGACAGCAUCCAGAGUGCCAUGGACGCAGCGUGUCAUUUCAGAAAGUAGACGUGUCUGCAGAUCCAGGAGAGCCUCACAUCAAACUGCUUCCUCCUCCGUGUGGGAAGACGGAGCUUCUCUUUGCACUGCUUGGGAAUCAAUCCGACGUGGAGUUGACGUUAUCGUUUGAUCAGCACACUAACUUUUUUUUUUUUUAAGACUUUUAAUAUUUUUUUUGAUUUUACUGAGAAUUUUUAAACUUGUUUUUGUGAUGAGUUGCACUAUUGCUGUGAAGGGCUUGUGGAUGAUAUUUUACUGCUUUUUGAUUGUUUUAUUUGUGUAUCUGGACAAAUACAACGCGAGAUUCAUGUAAAGAAAUUUGCUCUUAGCUUUACUUGUGGUGUGAAAGGCUUUACAUGAAUGAAUGUUUGAUUGACAUGUAAAGGACAUACCACUAUAUACUGAAUGUUUGCUGAACCUCAAGAGACUUUGUUGUCACACAGGGAUCUUGAAAUAAAUCUUAAGACCAAAACUGCCCCCCCCCACAAAUAAAUGACUUGUAUUUCCAGUGUU